GUCAAAGAUCAGUACCACCAGUCAGUGACGGCCCUGGGCUCUGAAGUGGAAACUCUACACACUGAGCUGAGGGAGACAAGGACAGAGAACUCCACGCUGGUGCAGAAAGUCUCCCAGCUGAAGCUGACGCUGAGAUGUUGGUGAGGCAGAAGGAGGAAGAGCUGGAGGAGACGAAAACAUCGAUGGCGAAACUCAUCGUCAAGGCCGGGGCUCGCACGCGGGAGGAGGUGGACAACGUGCGAGCACAGUGCAAUGAGAGGAUAGCUCAGCUGACAGAGGAGGUGCACGCGCUGGAGAUGGAAGGUUCGGAGCGCCAGGCACGGCUAGACAGGCUGGUGAGGGAGAAACGUGCUGUGGAGUCGGAGCUACAGCAGAUCUACUCUGAGGGAAAGAGUGAAGGGUCAAGGUCAAAGGAAGCGUACGAACAGCUGAACAAAAGAGCCAUCGAUGCGGAGCGGGCGAGAGAUGAAGCCUCUGUCAAGGUCGACAACAUGCAGACGGAGAUGGACCGACUCAAGAUGGAAGUGGAGAACGUUCGCAUCCAGCGCGAUUCGGAAGUGGCACAGCUCCAGGAGCGAGUGUCUGGGUUCCAGUCCCAGUUUGAGGUGGCCAGCGAGGAGAGAGAGGCCAAUGUGAACCAAAUCAAUGCGCUCAACAAAAAACUGUUGGAGGCUAACAAGGAGAAGGAGGCCGCUUACCGCAAGUGUCUGAAAGAGGUGGCGCUGAUGGAGCAAGACCAGCAGGUGAAGACGCGCGACCUUGAGAUCCGUCUGCAGACGACAGAGGACACGAGACAGCAGACGGUCUCAGAGCUAAGGCGCCUGCUCACUGCGCAACAGAGGAUGAGUGCCAGGUGGAAGGAAGAAUGCCAAACCAUCAGGCACAAGUUUGAGGGGAAGCUCACGGACUGCCGGGCCGAGAUGUCGCACGUGAAGAAACGCAACGAGGAGUUGACCUCUCUGCUCAAGGACAGUCAGGCGAAGACGGCUGAAGUUGAGCGCAUGCUGAGUGAGUACACCAAGAACAUCCGGCGCAUGGAGGAGCGAGUGAGGGAGGCGGAGCUUCAGGCGGGCCACGCUGGCAAACAGCUGGCUCGACACAGCAUGCGGGAACGACAGAUGGUGGCAGAGAGGGAGGGUUUGCUCAACGAGCUGGUGCGCAGCCAGACUCAGAGGGGUGUGUCGGAGUCGAUGAAGCCGGUGGCCUUGACCUCUGUGGCAGGGAUGGAGACGGGCCUGGAGCAGAGCCACACAGGGGAGCUAACUCUGGAACAUCUGACGACUUCAGCCAGGGGGCGUUCUUCUGUGGGCGCGCUGCUGGAUUCCAGAUGACACGCUUUGGGAGAUAACACACUCUAUGGGUAGCAUUUACUGAUGACAGGCUGUGUUGCUUGUUUCUAUAGCACGGGAGAUAACAACAUGCUUCGUGGAUAGCACAUCAGAUGACAUACUUACUGUGUUGUAGCGGAUAGCACAUAGGAUGACACGCUCUUUUUCUUGUUUCUACAGACAGGAGAUAACACGUUUAGCGGGUAGCACAUCGGACAACGCGCUUCGUUUCUUAUUUCUGUAGGACAGGAGAAACUGCGCUUAGUGAGUCGGGCCUUACUUCCGGUGACACGCUUUCUUUGUUGUUGCGGGCAGCACAUCUGAUAACACACUUACCGUGUUGUAGCGUGUGGCACAUGGGGUGACACACUUACUUGGUAGGAAGUUGAGUGACACACUUAUUGUGUAGGAUAUCAGAUGGGUGUGUAGUUCCAUUCUAAUCGAUAAAAUGACACACUUAUUAUGCAGGACAUAUAUACAUAUAUAUAUAUAUAUAUAUAUAUAUAUAUAUAUAUAUAUAUAUAUAUAUAUAUAUAUAUAUAUAUACUUAUACUAUAGUACGGUACUAUAGUCUCUAUAGUAUUCAAAUGGCUGUCUGUUCCCCUCAAGUCCACUUCGACAGAGGUCACAGUCGUGUGGGUCACGCCGUCUUCGUGCCAGGUGAACACCUCAACAAGCCACCGA